AUGUCGUUACCGACGACUCGCGCUCUGUGCAGGACGCAGCCCAUCCGGCGAAACGCAGCGAUCACCACGCGUACCUUCACACAGUCCAGCCGAGCAUUGGCAGAUCAAGUGCGAAUUGUUGAGGUUGGACCACGCGAUGGAUUGCAAAAUGAGAAGACGAGCAUAUCGGCAGACACCAAGAUUGAGCUGGUGCGAAGGCUGGCGAAGAGCGGACUGAAGAUAAUCGAGGCCGGCUCCUUCGUUCAUCCCAAAUGGGUUCCUCAGAUGGCCGCCUCCGACAAGGUCUUAUCCUCGAUUCUCCAACAACCACCACCGUCAAAAAGUCCCAUAACAUAUCAAUGGCUUCUUCCCAACAGCAAAGGCUUCGAGAACUUCUUCAAAGUAAUGAAUACCUCUGCCUCUGCGCCCAAUGGCUAUCCAACACCACCUCCCUCUCCCACCUAUGAGCAGAGUCCUGCAUUGAAUACUUCGAGCCAAGACCCCAAUGCCAUGCCUUCGACUUCGGGCGUUGAAAGCAUGUUGAAUGGCAGUGGUGCGAGCGAGGGAGGUGCGAGUGAAGGAGGUGAUAAGCACGAGAUCAGCAUAUUCCUCGCAGCAACCGAAUCGUUCAGCAAAAAGAACACCAACUGCACAAUUCAGGAAAGCUUGGAUCGCUUUGCACCGCUCAUGGCUCAGAGUCGAGAGGCAGGAUACGCAGUGCGUGCAUACAUCUCUGUAGCGCUCGGAUGCCCCUUUGAAGGUCCUGAUGUUGAUCCUCAUCGCGUGGCCGAGCUCGCUGCUUCACUUCUUGAGAUGGGCGCAGACGAGAUCAGCGUGGCGGAUACCACAGGCACAGGUACAGCUCCACGAACGAGGAAACUGUUGCAAACGUUGAAGGAAGCUGGUAUCCAGAACAGCGAUCUCGCUUUCCACUUUCACGACACGUACGGACAGGCACUAGUCAACACAAUGGUGUCCUUGGAUCACGGUAUUAGGACAUUCGACAGUGCAGUAGGCGGCCUUGGAGGCUGCCCGUACUCACCCGGUGCCACUGGUAACGUCUCGACCGAGGAUCUGGUGCACUGUCUGCACAGCCUCGGCGCCGAUACGGGCGUUGACUUGGAGGAAGUGAGCAGAAUUGGAGGCUGGAUUACCAAGGAGAUCGGAAAACCGAACAGCUCGAGUGCCGGAAAGGCCACAUUGGCGCGUUUGGAGCGGGAGGGCUCGUUGUAG